GAAGGCAGCGUCAGUUCCCAUGGUGACGUCAGGCUGCAUCGGUCGGGCUGGGCAGGGAAACUGGAGUCUGGAAACCCGUGUAGCGGUAUGAGGCACUCCGCGCCCUCCCACGUCGACCCCCGCUGACUCCCGGUCCACGCGGGGAAACCUAGUAAGCGGUCCCGCGUCAUCACAUUGGGACUGUGCGGUGGGGAAGGCCUCGGACCCCCCACCCAUGGACAAACAGGGAGCCCCCAGUAAAGCCAGCGGGCUGAAACCUCCCAGUAAAAUAGUCCGACCGUCUGGGGUGCCACAAAGAACAUCGCCGUCAUCCAACGCUCCAAAGGCUCCUCCUCCUGAGAAACCCCCCACCACCGUGACCUCCCCAUCUCAAGAUGCGAGCACAGACUUCCAGACCGGAGACAGGGUCUGGGUCAACGGCAACAAGCCCGGCUACGUGCACUUUGUCGGAGGCACACAGUUUGCGCCCGGCCAGUGGGCAGGCAUCGUGCUGGACGAGCCGAUCGGCAAGAAUGACGGGUCGGUGGCCGGCGUCAGGUACUUCCAGUGUGAGGAUGGGCGGGGCAUCUUCACCAGACCCUCAAAGCUGUCGAGAACAGCUCUGCCGGAGAAAGAGGAGAGCAGGAGGCAGGCCAGUCCAGCUCAAGGGGGCGGGGCUACCAACGAGUCGGCGCCAGCCGGCUCCAGCUCGGCGGCUCAGGGCACCGGCAUAAAGAUGAGCGCCCUCACCCGGAUGGCGGCCUCCAGCGAGUCUGCGUCCAACCUGUCAGACCCAGACUCCCUCAAAAAGAGCAGGCGGGAGCUGCGGCUGGGAGACCGCGUGCUGGUCAGCGGCAGCAAGGCGGGAGUGGUGCGCUUCCUGGGGGAGACGGACUUCGCCAAAGGAGACUGGUGUGGAGUGGAGCUGGACGAACCUCUGGGCAAGAAUGACGGCGCCGUAGCCGGGGCCAGGUACUUCCAGUGUUUGCCCCGGUUCGGCCUGUUCGCACCGGUCCAUAAGGUGACGCGGAUCGGGUUCCCCUGCACCACCCCCACAAAGGCCAUGAGGUCAGGGAGGAGAUCCAUGCUCAGGAGGAGUCCCAGCGCCUCCUCCAUCAGCUCGCUCAGCUCCGCCACCUCCUCCAUCAGCGGCAAACCCAGCCGGGCGGGACUGCUCACAGAGACGUCGGCCCGGUACGCCCGUAAGAUCUCCGGCACCACGGCGCUGCAGGAAGCGCUGAAGGAGAAGCAGCAGCACAUCGAGCAGCUGCUGGUGGAGAGGGACCUGGAGAGGUGUGAGGUCGCCAAGGCCACCAGCCACGCCGGGGAGGUGCAGCAGGAGCUGGUUCUGCUGAGGAAAGGCCGGGAACAGUACGCCGUGGAGAUGGAGGCCAAGCUGGACCAGCUGCGCUCGCUGGUGGAGGCAGCAGAUCGAGACAAAGUGGAGCUGCUCAACCAGCUGGAGGAGGAGAAGAGGAAGGUGGAGGACCUGCAGUUUCGUGUGGAGGAGGCGUGCAUCACCAAAGGAGACCUGGAGACGCAGACCCGGCUGGAGCAUGCCCACAUAAAGGAGCUUGAGCAGAGUCUGCUCUAUGAAAAGACCAAAGCUGAGAAACUCCAGAGGGAUUUAGAGGACGCUAGGGUGGCGACCGUGUCGGAGCGCUCCAGGAUCAUGGAGCUGGAGCGGGAGGUGGCCGACCUGCAGCUCCGUCUGCGGGCGUCCCAGCAGAAGGAGGACGCCGCGUCUCUGUCGCAGAAGCAGAUCGGCAGCCUGACCUCGCAGGUCCAGGCGCAGGAGAAAAAGAUCAGUGAGCUGAGUGUGGACCUGGAGAGCAAACAGAAAGAGCUUCAGUCUGUGCAGAAAGAGAAGAGCUCUCUGGAGGAUCUGCUGUCCAGUCUGAGUCAGAAGCUCCAGGUCUCCGAGGAGGAGAGCAGGCGGACGGCGAAGGCGGCUGAAGAGUUGGAGCAGAGUUUGGAGCGAUCAAAGAAGGAGCGGGAAACCCAGAAAGAGGAGAGUCGGAGCAGAGAGACGGAUCUGAGAGCGCAGCUGACACAGGCUCAGGAAAAGUCCGAGAGGAGCAUUCAGUCACUCGCGCAGCUGACUGACGAGAAGAAGAUUCUGGAGAUGGAGCUGGAGGCUCUGAACCAGCAGAACUCCAAAUAUCAGGAGGAGCUCAGAGUGUCCAAGGAGCGGGGCAGAUCGGAAAACCACCGGAUCAAGGUCCUCUGCAGGGAGAUUGAAGAGCUGAAGCUGGCCUCCCACAAGCACCACCACGAGCACAAUGAGGAGCAGAACUGUCAGCAGCCAGACAUGAAGACCAGAGGAUCCAUCUCCAGCCGCGACGCGGAAAGAGACUUCCAGACGUCCACUGCCGGCUUGAUCUCGGAGAAAGACAGAGAGCUGGAAAUUCUCCGGACUGAGAUCGAGGUGCUGCGAGGAGAGAACGCCAUGACCAAGACGCUGCAGUCUGCCGUGGAGACGCUGGAGAAGGACAAAGCUCAGCUGCAGGGCCGCGUUCACAGUUUAGAGCAAAGGCUGAUGGGAACUCAGGGCUCCGAGGGAGAGGAGUGGGAAGCUUCCGCCUCGGGUGAUGCAGCGCUGCAGCAGCUGAGGGAGGAGAAGGAGUUCGCCGAAGGACAGAUCAACUUCCUGAACAGCGUCAUCGUGGACCUGCAGCGGAAAAACGAGGAGCUGAAGAUCAAGCUGAAGAAGCUCGCCCUGGCCGAGUUCAACGGAAACGACGGAAACGACGGGCUCAGCGAAGGCGUGCCGAAGCGCGAAAAGAAGGCGACCCCGCGGCUUUUCUGCGACAUCUGCGACUGCUUCGACCUCCACGACACGGAGGACUGCCCCACCCAGGCGCAGAGCCCCGACUCCGUCCCCCACUCCACAUACCGCGGCAACCCGGCCAACGAGAGGCCCUACUGCGACAUCUGCGAGGCCUUCGGACACGCCACCGAGUCCUGCAACGAUGACCAGACCUUUUGAGGCAUUUCCCACAAUCCCCCUAAUACCCAGAUUCGUCCAAAAUGUAUUUUUCUACGAUAUUUAUGCACAACGCCAGUAGCCGCUGUCCGGGUCUGAAGCAGAUGAAAAUGCAGAAAGCUCAUCCAAAUAUGCUGCUCAUGUGCAAUAUUGAUGUUUAUGACAACUUUGUUUCUAUGCCGAGCAAAAGUCACAGCUGCUGCUUUUUACGCUUUUAUUGUUGUUGGCGACAAAGUGAUGCAACCCGAGUGAGCACAACUAAAACUGAAGGGAAAGUGAGGAUCUUCACCUCAACACUGUUUACUUUUUCACAAUUCUUCUCUGACUGAUUCUACUGAGGUCUAAAAAUAGCUCAACGGUCAUGAAAAUCCCUCGUAAAUGUAUAAAUGAAAAGCGGUUAGUUAUCUGAAGCUGUUUUUCAUAACAUCCCUCCUGAAGAAAGCAUUCCACUAGAAGUCAGUAUUGUGUCACUUAAGAGUCAACAUGCAAAAGCAGUGAUAGCCUAGUUUGGCUCCGCCCACCAAAUUAACUUUCAGAAUAUUUACAACUUCCUAAAUUUAUAUACUGUAUAUAUUUAUACAUAAAUAUCUAUUAGUUUCAAAAUCAUGUGUGUAGUUGUCAUUUUAUUUUUUAAAAUUCUAAGUCAUUUUUAGUCCCCCCCCCCCAACCCCCAAGGCUGUGGACCGGUACAAAAAAAGGAGGUAUUAUUUUGAAAAACUACUGGCUUCUCUCCACCACAUGUGGCUUUAUGUGACUAAAAUCCACGUCUGAUACUUUCCUAAAUCGGCUGCUCUGACUGAUAAAACCUCCAAGUUAACAAAAACAAGCAAAUUUGGAAAGUUUCUUUUGGCAGAAAAGAGGAAACAGAAGACUUCAAAAUAAAAGAAAGCUGCAUUUAACAGACAGAAACCAGGAGUCUUUCCUCCAGAUAUGGUUUUAUUGUGACAGUUGUCACUAUUAUAAUAAUGCAGAAUAUUCAGUAACCAGCUAAUACAGUUACGUUGACUAUUAUAUUUGGAAAAUAUCACUUUUAGUGACCAUUUUAUUUGGCUGUUUCUUUCUAUCUGUCAGACGAGGCUGAAUUUGCCGUCGGAUUUUUUAUUUUCUACUAACAGUUAUGGGUUUAUGGAAAAUCUGGAUCACAUUUUAAUGGUUCCUGCAGGAUAUCUAGUUUACAAAUAAAGUUUAACGCAGCUGCACAUAUCUUUUGAGGAUGAAGAUAAACUUUACCCUCAAAAGUUAAGGAAAAAUAGAAGCUAAAAAAAUAAAAAGUGGCGUUAGCCUUGAACAGAUCGGUCCAUGACAGUCAUGUCUGACAUGAAAGCUGGCCGGCAAAAGGCCGGAGACCACUUCUCUGCACAACACUGCCAAGAAAAACCUAAAACUAAUGCUUCACGUUGGAAGAUGUUUUUAUUUUUUAAGUUUAAGUUCACAUGUAGGAUGCUGUAAUUGUUCCUGCAUGGAAAAAUGACAAACCUUUACAGUAAGUUUUUACAAAAGUUUACGUUUUUGAAGUCAUCUUUUGGAUGACGGCUCCUUUGGACGUUGUGAGCACAAAGUUCUAAUAUUUUAGGCUACAUGUUGAUCAAUCUUUAAAAACAUGGACUUGUUUGUGUCUGGAAAACUUAACCAAAAGGUUUUUAGUAUCUUGAAAAGAAAAAAAGCUCAAAUAAAAGUUAAAUAGUUUGAAGGAACAAAAAGUUGUAAAGUAAAUCCACACUUUCUGUAUGGUAAAAGAUUAUUUUUGAAAUAAACAAAUUAUUUUGUUGAUUUCAUAUAAUAAGUUAGAAAAAAACAUUUUUAAAACUAGAAUCUAUUUUUGAAAUUCUUUAAGCUGUUUUUGAAGACCUCAGAAAAGCUUCAGAUGUUUCUUUAAACCUUAUUUGAACCUUUUUUAAUGACACUAUGCAUCACAAGUCUGUUAUGAAUAGUUUUUACAAAUUUCAGUUCUAAAAUCCAGUUGACGGGUUUUUACCGGUGACUCUUUCCGAGCGUCUUUGAGCUUUUUUCCCUUUGGUGUCGAUUGAUACUGCUUAGAGUUUAACGAUAAACUUUGUUGUUUUAUUUACAAGCCAAUCAUCACGAGCUGGAGCUGAACCCAAAUGCAGAGCACAGCUGAGCCCAGUAACAAUGUAGGAACCUCAGCCGACGUGGUUUUGCACUUUCUACUAGAAUUUGGAGUUUGGAAGAAACGUCUGAAUCCAAACGGGUUCUCUGAAGGAAGACGGAGCAGAACCGUCUGCACGGACCCACUGUUGCACCGUUUGACACUUUCAAGGUCUUCUCAUUCACGUUCAGUUUGUUGAUGUGAUCCAGACAGCAGGUUGUGCCGCUGAUUCUGUUCCAUUCGUCCUCCCUUUAUGACCGUAGAUGAUCCGGAAGCUUUACUGAUCGUACUUGUGCAGAAAUGGAGCCUAAGCUACGUUCACAAUCGGCAACGUACAUCCAAGCGGCUCCUUCCCGUGUCAAACGGCCACUGCAGACACUUUUGUACAUUUUUUCUUUCGUGAUCCAUGCGUGGUUUACGUCAUUCAUACGCGUUUCUUGCGUUGGUCAUUCGUCGAUGUGCUCAGAUGUCCGUCGGUUCGGUUUUGAGCUGUUCAAGAUUUUUGGUCGGUUGAGAAUUACGCUGUUUAUGUUUUUUAACGUAGUUUGAACGCAAUUAUUACGCAAAUCUAAUGUAAUUGUGUGUGAUUUUUGUAAGAUGCAUUGACAAAUUUGUGUCUUUCCACGGCCGUUUCAUGUUUGUCUAACGGACUUUUCACGCUUGUCCCACCGAACUUUUAUAUUGCGUAAAAAUUCCGUAAUUGAUUCGGUCAUUUCAGUCAAAUUUGGCCCAGAUUUGGCUUUUACGUUGACUUACGUGUUCCUUGCGUGGUUUAUUCGUACUUCUUAUGUGGUUUUAACGAGGUUCAUUCCUGAUAUAUCUGUGUACAUUUGACACACAUUUCUGCACUUUUUCCACGCCUAUUCAUGUAUGACCAAUAUUCAUCCGUGUCAUGUGUUGAAAAUGUCUGUACUGGCUGGGUGACGUGGUCUUUAUCACGUUUUUUUGGCUUCACGUUCAAAACUUUCGCAUUCACGCGUUGCUAUGCAAGUUUCUACGACAGUUUUCUAGCUUUACCUCCAAAACGCACGGCCAUUGAACACGUGUAAAAUUUUAAACUAGUUGCCUAUUCAGGACUUAGCUAUUUUAAAUCAGACCUUUAGCUUCAGUGUCUACGUUCUUUAGACCGCCAUAACUCUUUAACGUAAUUCCAAUGGAUUCUGAAGCGGAGAGAAGCUGCCUGGAGCUGAUAAGCAACACUUUAGUAACAUGUCACACGUCAGUGCAAAGCUAACAUGAAAAUGCGCUUUUCUCUGCAUCAACGAACGCUUGUUAAAAGUUAAACCGGUUUAACUUUGACCAAUCAGGGACUUGUAUUUUUUAGGGACGACUGGACAGUGUCCUUUUCAAAACACGAAAGCGCCAAAAUUGAUUAUGGAGGAGAAAUGAAUAAUUGCAGUUUGUGCCUAGAUGGAAUUAUUCGACACAGAGUCUUUCAUUAAUCAGAAUAGAGCUGUGAAUGAAAAAGAUUCACCAGAUUUGCACCACUUUGAUAUUUCGCACCAAGACUCUUCCAAGAAUCUAUCGGGUGGACACAGUCCAGUGCGGAAGCGUGUUCAGAAAUGCCGUUUAGGUUGCUCUUGAACGCGGUGUGCACGUCGCUUUAGGCCGAAACAACCGUUGUCAAUAAAUAAAUGGAUGACUUUUCACCUUUUUUAUUUUUUUUAGACAAUUUAAUUCAGAAUAUCUGAACUGUAUAGAAGAAGUUCACGUUAGACGUGUUUCAUGCAACUCUUGACCUAUAAACUGGUGUUCCAAGCCUGGAAAAAAACAGUCCAAACCACUUUUAAAUGUCACUCUCAGAGCUAAACACCAAAACUUUCCCACCCAGCUCCUGAAUUCUUUGAAUUUUUAAUACUAAAAAACUGUUUAUUGAUUCAUGUCAUGGACGAAGUCAUUGAUAAAGUUUGUCUUUGACGAAGCUAUCUUAGUUAAAUACGGUUCGGAUAGAAGUCUGACGUCAGGAGCUGCUAAAGAAUUUAAAUAUAAGUUUGGAUGUGGUGUCGGAUACUAGGAGAACAAAAUACAUGUGAUUUCCUUACAUAUAAUCAGCUGUUGGCAUUUGAAUGGAAUUGUUUUGAUAGAUGUCGGAAAUGUUUUGGUCAAAAUAGAGAAGCUGCAAAACUGCCCCGUUCCACCAUGUCUGGAAUGCAAAGGAGCUUGGUUUUUUUAUAGAGGGUGGAGUCAGCCAAUUGACUCCUCCCCUUACCUCAUGUCAUGCUAUUUUCUGAUAAGAGUCCAGCAAAUACGUGAUGACACAAACGUGGACAAAGAUUUAAAAAAAAAAAAAGGAUCGUUUCAACAAAGUCCAUUAAUUCCUGAUGAUGGAGACGCUUAAAAAAGAUAAAUAAAUACUAAAUGAUAUGAUAGUACUUUAAUCCUGUUAUUUUUACAACAUUUUAAUUGUUUUUCACAAGAAGCAGACUAUGGAAUAUGCAGUGUGAUGCGUUGUCAUGGUAACAGCAGCUCCAUGUAGAAAGUCGUUCAAAUGCUAAACUGAGGGAAAGUUCACGUCUUACCGCGUGUUUUUGUCCAGAUGAUGCAGAUAAAGGUUGUUUUCAAAUAAACAAAGUCCUCGCAAGUGAUUGAUUUGAUCAAAGAAAUAUCCACCAUGAACUCUGAUUAAUAAAUGAGGAUCAAUAAAAAAUAUAGAUAUAUAUAUACAUUUCUUUCAUUAAUUAAUGGCAAUAUUAUUUAUUAACAAUGUUCCAAGUCUCUGUUGUGACCGGAACUUCUUCUUUAGGUGUCCAUUAUUAGCCAAUCAGAAUCCAGUAUUCAUCCAGACCCUGAUAAAUAAAAGGACAUCUGCUGGAAAAAGCAGCAAAGAGUUAUGACUGUUUUUUUUUUUUUUUUACUCUGAGAGCACAAAGGAACCGUUACAUUGAGGUGAAUAAGAGAAAUUCCUAAAAUGUCAAACUGUUCUAUAAAAUUCCGUGUUUGUUUGUUUUUACAUUUACAAAGCACAACUUUGGAUGGUGUUGAAUCUUUUUCUGUGAUUUAAAAGUGUUGAUCCAAUGCUUUGUGAAUACGGACCAGAACCUUUACUCUGGGUUUACAGUGGAGCAGAAAGAGAACUUUUUAUUGGCCACACUUCACCUUCCUGCCUGUUGUUCAGACUGACGUGUCUGGAGAUUUGCAUUCCAGCGUGAAGACAACUCUUUGUACAGAUUGGACGGGUGUGUACUUUGUACGUGAUGAGUCUAACUAUUAGUGUAAUGUUUUAUGUUCCAGCUUCAGACACCAUCUGUGGUUUGAACCAGUUCACAGAGUCAGAUGUCACUGUUUCCUAUGUACCGUUUACUUCUCAACUCUUAAUAAAACAUAAACUUAACACUU